AUGUCGGUCUCGUCGUCAACGCAAGCGCUCGAGUACCUGGAGGGUCUGCCGCUGGCGACGCACAAGAAGCUCUAUGAACAGCCUAGUACGGUGCUUGCGGUGUUUCGCUGCAUGCUGCCGCAUUUGGCCAAGUCUAUAGUCAUGGCCCUGCUGUACAUGCCCACCUCACUCCCUACCACCGACCUCGACGCCUGGUUUAAGUCCACCGCGCGCAAGGAGAAGGAACAGGCGCUCUUUAUUCUCGAUUGUCUGCACAUAAUUACGCAGCAGCGCAACGACGACGGCAAGACCUCUUCGUGGGCAUUGACGCCAGGCUUCCAACGGAGCUUGCGCAAUGCGCUUGAAGGUGCCGGCUCGCACUGUUCGUUUGGUGUGCCGGCGACUCGGGAGGAAAGUGGAGGCAAAAAAGUCAGCGUUGAGUUUCUGGACGAGUACUCGAGGGGGCAAUGGGAAGGCAUACUGUACUAUCUUGUUAGCGGCGCUGCGGGACUGCGCAGCGACAGUAUAUCCAGGGCGGAAGUUGGGCCAGGGACCAAGAAGUUGUUGAUGGAGGGCGAUUUGGUGAGGGUUAUACAUGGGACUCCUAGAAUAACAAAGGACGGAUUCUCGUUUGUGCUGCAGGAGACGAAUGCGCAGGUCUGGAGUCUGCUCAUCGUCUACCUGAAGAUGGUCCAUGAGCUUGGAAUGUCUGAAACAGAGGUCCUCUCUUUCCUCUUCAUGCUGGGCUCUCUCGACCUUGGCCGCGACUACUCCAUCUCAACACUCUCUGACACCCAACUGCAAAUGCUCGACGACCUCUCCGCAAUGGGCCUCGUAUACCGCACCUCCAAAGACGCACGAACAUUUUACCCCACCCGCCUGGCCACGACCCUAACCUCGGACUCGGGCAGCGCCAUGUCUGCCUCAAGCAACGACAUCGCCCAAGCCAACCAAGGCAACGCCGGCACCCUCGCCACCGCAAACAAAGGCUUCAUCAUCAUCGAAACAAACUACAGACUCUACGCCUACACCAACAGCCUCAUCCAAAUUGCCAUCCUCAGCCUCUUCACCAAACUCCAACACCGCUUCCCCAACCUCGUCUCCGGCAAACUAACAAAAGAAAGCGUGCACAAGGCCGUCUCGGCAGGCAUCACCUCUGCCCAAAUCAUCUCCUACCUCUCCACCUACGCCCACCCGCAAAUGCAAAAAAACGUCUCCUUCAUCCCGCCCACGGUCAUGGACCAGAUCCGCCUCUGGGAAUACGAGGGCGAGCGCGUCGAAGUCACGCCUGGGUUUUUGAUGAAGGAUUUUGGCUCUGAUGCAGAGUAUCGCGAUGUCCUGGGCUAUGCGGAUGCGCUGGGUGUGCUCGUCUGGAGGCGCGAUGAGCAGCGGUGCUUUUUUGUGAGCCAGAUUGAGCAGAUUACGGCGUAUUUGAAGAAGAGGAAGGAGAAUAGGGAGAUGGGGAGGAGGUGA